AUGAUACUCAAAUGCAGUGAACACUACUGCGAUCCCCUUACUCCGGAGGCAAGUGGUCCCGCCGAUGGACUCUUUUUCGUCCCCGCCGUCAUUGACGUCGGAGAAGGUGUCAACUAUACGCCUGAAGCUCAAUCAUAUAUCAACACUUGGAAGAAAGUCGGGAAGCUACAGAGAACAGUGCGGGCUGACCACAUGCAGACAACUUCUGAAGCAUCCUCAUCAGACUACAAAACGCCAAUUCUGAGUGCUAGCCAAAAUACUGUCGACUGUCUCGAUCCACAGGACACUGAAGCACCGACUCCCACUUCGGCGACUCGUCAGGGCGCGGCUGUCGAGAGCUCUGGGCGUCAUCCGAUUCUUGUUGACGAGGAAUGUGAAUUCAGCAGCGACAUUGGCAGUGUGGUGGCUUCAGAAGCCAUGUAUGACUUCCGUAAACGGCACAGAGUUGGACAAGGCGGUCUGGCGCAGGAAAUCGCAAUAUGA